AUGAAACCAAUUGGAGUACGUAUUGGUGGUGGUGAUAAUUUAAAGAUCACCAACCACUCUUCAAUAGGUCCUCCUUUGACUGCCAUUGAUAGAUUCUUAUGGGGUCAACACAACCACUUCCCUCAAAAGAAACUUCAACAAAAUGUUGAUGGUCAAAACAUUUGUAGCUUUGGUUAUUCGAAUGGUUCAACCUAUAGUUUUAUGUGGCCUAAUAAUAAUAUCAUGUCUCAAGAAGCUAGCUUUGUUGAUCAUCUAUUGGCAAAUGAAGAGGUGAUGAAUUGGACACAACAAAUUCCUUCAUUGUGUGUGGAGAAAGAAGAUGCGAUCAAUGGUUUAGGAAAGGGUGCAAAAAUGGUUGGAAGAAGACCUAAGAAAGUGUCUUCCUUUUCUUUGAUCAAAGGACAGUGGACUGAUGAAGAAGACAGGAAAUUGUUGAAGCUGGUGAAGCAAUAUGGUGUAAGAAAAUGGUCUCAAAUAGCUGAGAAGUUGGAAGGAAGAGCUGGAAAGCAGUGCAGGGAACGAUGGCAUAAUCAUCUGAGGCCUGAUAUCAAAAAAGAUAGUUGGAGUGAAGAAGAAGAAAGGAUGCUUAUUGAAACUCAUGGCAUGAUUGGAAAUCGUUGGGCAGAGAUAGCAAAGAGAAUUCCUGGAAGAACUGAGAAUGCAAUAAAGAAUCAUUGGAAUGCAACAAAAAGGAGACAAAAUUCAAGGAGAAAGAACAAAAGGCCUCAAACCACUGAUGGUAAACCACAAUCUUCUAUUCUUCAAGACUAUAUCAAAACUUUGACUACUCAAAAAGCGUUCAUCAGUACUACUGCUGCUGCUGCUGCUGCUGCUACUACUACUACUGCUACUAGCUCCGUGUCAGCGAUCUCUGAGGACCCUUCUUCAAACCAAUCUUCCUUUGUUUUUUCUAACCUAUCUCAUGAAAAUUCAUCAUCACCACUUAUAUCUGAAUCUUAUGAUGAUGAACUUCUCUUCAUGCAGCAACUUUUCAAGGUGAAUAAUAAUGCUGAACCUGUUAACCCCUACUCCAAGAAACCCUCUUCAAACUCUUAUCCAUUGGAUUAUUCUUCCCAAACUAACAGUAAUCAGAUUCUCCCUGAUGUUACUGAUUGUGGAUUUGUUCAUUCCAAUCCUUCCAAUUACCCUAAGCCAAAUUCACAAAACAACAUGUACUUGAGUACUUCUUCCACACCUAUGAUGAAUUACCUUAAUUCUGACCACUACCUUCCUCCAAUGCUGAAUGGAAUUCAGAAUCAGAACAACGUGGAGUUGCAUCUUGGGAAUAUGAAUUUUUCAGAGGGGAAGAGAGAGAUGGAUUUGUUGGAGUUGGUUUCUUCUGCUCAGUUUUAUUAG